GGGUCGAGUGUAGAAUAUAUAGGCUGUUAAAAAUUGAUAAAGCAAAAGCCCUUUCUCUCUCCUCCACUUAUGUCUGGUCACGGAGAAACGGCGUAACGGAAGGAGUCACGUGACGUGGAUGGCUUUAGAGCAGGAGGUGGGUCAGAAUAGGAACACAAACGGCGUGGAUGGUGGAGACGAGGGAGGGAAAGCGCCGAGACUGCCUCGGUGGACAAGACAAGAAAUUCUGGUUCUGAUACAGGGAAAGAGAGACGCCGAGAACAAGUUCAGGAGGGGGCGCACCGCGGGUUUGGCAUUUGGGUCGGGUCAGGUCGAGCCGAAAUGGGCAUCGGUAUCUUCCUACUGCAGAAAGCAUGGAGUGAACAGAGGUCCGGUUCAGUGCCGGAAAAGGUGGAGUAAUUUGGCCGGAGACUACAAGAAGAUCAAGGAAUGGGAGUCUCAGAUAAGGGAUGAGACGGAGUCGUUUUGGGUCAUGAGAAACGAUUUAAGGAGAGAGAGGAAAUUGGCCGGAUUUUUCGAUAAGGAGGUCUAUGAUAUUCUUGAUUCAGGCUCAGGCCCAACGACCUUGGCUCUUUCUCUUUCCUCAUCGCCUCCACCAACCACAACCAUAACAACAACAACAGUCCCUGACGACCCUCCUCACCUCUAUGAUAGUAACCGGAGCGCGCCCGGUGAGGAUGGCUUGUUCUCAGAUUUUGAACAAGAUGAAGAGAAGAACCCGCCCUCCAACAAGGACAUUCCUGCUCCCAUUCCUAUCUCAGAGAAGCAAUAUCUCCGUCGUUGCCAAGCUGAAGGUGUGACUAACGAGAAACUGUCUACUUCAAAUCCAGAAAUGGGUUCUACUUCUCAAGGAGAGCGGAAAAGGAAGCGGUUAACAACUGAUGGAGAAGAGGAAACUUUGCAAUAUCAAUUAAUUGAUGUCUUAGAAAGAAAUGGCAAGAUGCUAAGUGCUCAACUUGAAGCGCAGAAUAUAAAUUUCCAGUUGGAUCGUGAGCAGCGGAAAGACCAUGCAAGUAAUUUGGUUGCUGUGCUUGAUAAGCUUGCAGAUGCUCUAGGGAAAAUCGCUGAUAAAUUAUAGUGCAAGAGCAAUCAGAAUACAGUGUACAUAACAGUUGAAGUCCUGUAGAUAAUAGUGGUUUCUGUUAUUUAUCUCAGAAGGUCUCCAAGAAAAUGACUGCCACACUUGUUCUCCGUUUGUUUUCCUUUCUGGAUAUGCCAUAUUUUUGUGGUUUAUUACUGCUAUUUUAGGAUUAUAUACACACAUUUGGAUUACUGCUCUUUCUCUCUUACUGUUAUAUUAAUAUUCACGAGGUCAUUCGAAUCUUUCUCUGGGAAAUGAAGCUGGUUGUAUGGACGACAUUUCAUGUUUAGAUGCACUUUUAUUUGUUGUGGCCUUCA